UGCUGUAUGUCUUAGACAGUGCUUUUCAUUUCAAAACAACUAUUUUUGUGUGUUUCCCAAGAUUCCAGUGACGAGGAGGUUCGUCUGAGUUUCAUCAUCUACCAGAAUAGCCGCUUGUUCCAGUCCAACCAGACGGCAUCUUCCUCAUCUAAAACCAGGGUCAACAGCAGGAUCAUUGCCAGCAGAGUCACUGGGUUCGAGUUCAAGAAUCUAUCAAACCCAGUAGUGACAAGAUACCUUCCUAUCGUUCAAAACAGUACAAACCGCACAGUGGACAACAUCAGGUGUGUAUUCUGGAAUUUUCAAGCUGAAGGAGGGGCUGGUGCCUGGUCAACAGAGGGGUGCGACUUUGUCGGGAUGGAAAAUGGCAGAGUCGUGUGCGAGUGCAACCAUCUUACUAAUUUCGCUGUUUUGAUGGACAUCUAUGGAGACCUGCACAGCUUUGCCCUGGAUGUGAUCAGUAAGGUUGGGAUUGCUCUGUCCAUCACAGGUCUCAUCCUUACUCUCAUCACCUACAUGAUAUUUAAAGAACUACGUCAGACAAGACCGCAGCACAUCCUGACCAACCUGUGCAGCGCCUUGCUGGUGACUCUCGUCAUCUUCCUGGCCGGCAUCGACGCCACCAGCUCCUCAGUCGGCUGCACGGUGGUGACGUUCCUGCUGCACUACUUCCUACUGGCGGUGUUCAUGUGGAUGGCCGUGGAAGCCUUCAACAUGUACCUGGCCUUCGUUAUAGUCUUGGGGGCUCACGUUUCCAGGUUUAUGCUCAAGGCAGCCAUAUUUGCGUGGGGUCUUCCCCUUGUCAUUGUCAUCGUCACAUUGGCUGUGGAUAUUCCCAACACCUACCCUGACGAGCAAGAGACCUACAGGAGCUCAGAAUUGUAA